CCCUCACGGUCUCCGACGGUUAAGUGCAGCGCCGGGGCCUGGCACGUGGGUGCAUCCUGAGCCCUCUGGGUGCCUGGGCCUAACCUCCUCGCACCCGAAGGCCCUCCUGGACCCCAACCAGCCUUCUGUGACCUCACUCCCUGCCCGGGGUUCCAGGUGCCACUCUGUGAGGUCAUCAGGAUGGGCUCCCUUUCAGCCGCCAAGGGUCCGAGGCCCCUGCCGCCUCCUUCCCUUCCAGCUCAGUUUGGGGGUGCUUUCAGACCUGCGCUCACCCCCAAACCCAGCCUGGAGGGCAGAUGUCCCCAGACACUGGGUGAUGGGCCCAUGUGUCCACUGACCCCUUGAGUAGCUUCAAAAGGUUGGUAUCCCCCUCGCCCGCCCCCCACCUGCUGCUGCUUCUGGAGCAUCCCUGCAGCCAGGGUGCCCCCCCCCCCCCCGGCAGGCCAUGGCUCACGGAGCCCCUUCAGUGCGGGAGCUGCCCCAGCGGCUGUGGCCGGGCCCCAGCGGUCAGGGAGCAGAAGGGCAGCACCUUCGCAGCAGCCUGGCCGCGGUGCAGGCCUUGGCCAACGUCAUCCGGCCGUGCUACGGGCCCUACGGCCUCCAGAAGCUCCUGGUGACCGCCAAAGGAGAGACAGUGUUCACCGGGUACGCCACGGCCAUCCUGGGGGCCCUGCAGUUGCAGCACCCCGCCGCCCGGCUGCUGCGGGAGGUGGCGCUGGGCCAGGCCGAGCACAGCGGCGACGGGGUGGCCUUCGUGGUGCUCCUGGCAGAGGCCCUGCUGACGCAGGCCGAACUCCUGCUGAGCGCCGGCCUGCCCCGCUCCCAGCUCCGGGAGGCCUACGCCGCGGCCGCCGCGGAGACCCUGGACCUGCUGCCGUCGCUGGCCAUCCGGUCUCUGGGGCCUUUGGAAGACCCGUCCGGGGCCCUGUACUCGGUGAUGAACACCCACACGCUGUCCCAGGCGGGGCACCUGGCCAGGAUGGUGGCGCAGGUGUGCUGGGCGGCCAAGGAGCUGGACGGCACCUUCCACCGGGAGCGCGUGGGCGUGUGCGUGCUGCAGGGAGGGCAGCUGGAGGACUCGUGCCUGCUGCCCGGGCUGGCCGUGCCGGGGAAGCCGUGCGGGCAGGUGACCGUGGUGCUGAGAGGCGCCAGGGUGGCGGUCUUCGCCUGCCCCUUCGGGCUCCCCAGUCCAAACGCCCCGGCCACGGCGCGGCUCUCCAGUCCCACCGAGCUCGUGCAGUUUAGGAGGGAAAGCGAGAGCCUGUUCCAAAGGCAAGUGGAGCAGCUGGCGAACGUGGGCGUGAACGUGGUGGUGGUGUGCGGGGACGUGGAGGAGAAGCCCCUGGCACAGGCCGACAAGUACAACAUCAUGGUGAUCCAGGUGAAGUCCCCGCGGGAGCUGGCUGGCCUGAGCGAGGUUCUGGGCACGCCUGUGAUGCAUCACCUGGUUGCCCCCCUGGAGCCGGGCAAGUGCCAGCGGGUGUAUGGGCAGGAGCUGCGGGAAGGCCUGGCCGUGGUGUUUGAGUGGGACCCUCCGGCGACCCCUGCCCUCUCCGUGGUCCUGCGGGGGCCCACGCGUGCGGGGCUCCGGGAGGCGGAGCAGGCCGUCUACCACGGAAUCGAUGCCUUUUUCCAGCUGUGCCAGGACCCCAGGCUGCUCCCGGGGGCCGGGGCCACCGAGAUGGCUCUGGCGAAGAUGCUCUCGGACCGGGGGACGGCGCUGGAGGGGCUGCGGGGCCCCGUGCUCCUGGCGUUUGCGCAGGCCCUGCGGUCUCUCCCCGCCACCUUGGCCGAGAACGCGGGCCUGGCCGCCUCCCGCGUGAUGGCGGACGUGAGCGCCGCGCACCAGGCCGGCUACUUCCUCGCGGGCGUGGGGGUCGAAGGCAUGAUCGACGUGGCGAGCGAAGAGGUGUGGGACACCCUGGGCGCCAAGGCCCACGGCAUCCAAGCCGUGGCCGACGUGGUCCUGGAGCUCGUGACCGUGGAUGAAAUCGUGAUGGCCAAGGAGACGGCCCCGAGCCGGCAGGACCUGAACCCUGAGGAGGAGAAGGCCAAGGACCGGCGCCCGUGGCCUGUGGAGAUACACAUGUAGCCACACCCUCCAAAAAACGGGGGCUGUCGAGGCCGGCCCGACCACCCCCCAGAUGACCGUUUGCCUUACUUAUUCCCUCCGUGUUUGGGACAGAGUCCGUUUCUUUAGUUAAAACAACAUAAAAGUCCUUUUCCUUGACGUACUUCCUUCCAGAUUCUUGGCUUAACAACAACAACAACAACAACAACAACUCCUGUUUCUCUCCAUCAGAUUCUGCUCUUUUCCUCCAAUAAGGGCAGGAUUCAAUUCUAUUAAAGGUUUUUAAUUAAGUAUUUGGGGAUG